AUGGCAAACAAGAAGGGCGCAAACGCGCAGAAUGGCCAGCAAAAUACCGCGGCAGGCGCAUCUUCAGCAUCUUCUUUGAUCAUAUGCCGCAAUAAACACUGGCGAUACAUAUCAUCCUUCCACGGUCCAUGGUUGCAACUACCACCCGAGAUUCUGGAUUCACUCGCUCACCAGAAUUAUACACAACCGCUCCCUCGGUUGAUUGACCCUGCCGUCUUCUACGAUGUAGUCAAAAUUCGACGCGCAGUCGACGAAGCAACAGAAGAUGCGGUACGCGCCUCGAACGGAAUGUCGACGACGGCCAUGAACAGUUCGCUCAACUAUCUGGAUCCAUUUGGACAAGGAGGGCCACAAGCGCCGAAGAUGAGCAAGGAACGCAUAUACAAGAUACGGCAGAAGGCUGCGCGAUUGCUAGCGAAGGCAUACUCCCUGGAUGAGGUCGCAGCAAGUGUUGCGACAAUGCAAUCCACAACUUCUCUAGAAGAAGUCGCAUUACAUGUUCUAAGGCGCGACCAGACGGACACCGAGGCCAAAUACGUUCACUUCUUCCACGAGAAGAUUCCUUCAAGGAUGAUGGAACAGUAUACUCCACUUGAACCACUCGACGAUGUCAUCUUGAAUUCACCCUGGGAGCUACAGGGUGCUCCAUUGCGUACCCGCGCUCUUGUUCAGAUUUUCAAAGGCCAAUACGAAGGAGCUGCCAGCGAUCUGACUCUAGGCCUCAGGAUAGCCCAGGAGCUCAAGAAACUACACAAGCCCGGAACUGACCAGUUGGUCGUGGCCAAGCACUUCAAAGAAGAGCAAGACCGAUGGAACAGGAGUGGUAGAGACUGGAGACAGGUACCACAAUUGAAAGAAGAAGACCAGCCAAGUAGCUUGGAGCAACAGAUGCUGUUCAAUCGCGCCGGUGUCUAUCUCAGCAUAGCGUGUGAGAACGUCCAUGCUGCUUUGGAUGGUCUCGAAAAAUCACGGCUCAAAAGUGAGCAAGGAGAGUCAAUUCCCAUGUCGGCGCAAGAAAAAGAGGCUCACCAGGUGAGACUGGAUGCGCGAAAGAAAGUCAAGACCAACGCCAAAAGGGCCCUAAAGGACUAUCUUGCCUUCCUCGGUUACUUUGAUUACACACCUGGCCUGCCUGUGGAGAUCAUCGAGGAGAUUACUCGUAGAAUCAAUGAGUUGGCGAACGGUAAUAAACAGACAACGAUACAGCGCAAUCGCUUGCUAGAAUGGAACAGCCAUUCAUCAUCAGGAAGGAGUAGUCCGACGGUGGACUCUAUAUCAUCACACCGAUCAACACAAAACUCGGAUUCUGGCUUGGAUUGGGAUGCAAAUGGAUGGCCCAGAAUCCCUCAUCGAAAGAUUUAUCCUUCCUCGGCUCUGUUUGCCGAGAAGCCGCUACCAGAUCUUCCUGUAUUUCCUUCUGCAGAACACUCGUCGCAAAGCGAGGGCUCAAUGCCAAUCAGCACCCGCGAAGCCAUCACAUAUCAUCCUCUUCUUACUGACGGGCUGCACUCCUUGUUACUAGCGCAUGCUUUGAUUCAAACCUCACCGACCGAACUUCUACGACACGCCCACAAUGCUGCCCGUCUUGCUCGCCUCGCAGAUGGCUAUCCCAUCUUUCAAGCUGCCCGUUCACCCGCACGAGCUGACUGGAUCGAGGUCUUGCGACGCGCAAACAACUGGAUUGGCUUGUCACAACCUUGGCAGAAGCUCUGUCAAUCGGCUCCUCUCACGCCUCAGUCGGAGCCAGAUGCCACAGCAGGUGCGCAAAACGGAAGUGCAUCUGCAGGUGCCAUGACCGUGAAGAACACUGUCUCCGAAAGCGAAGAACAAAAACGUGAGCGUAGAAAGCAAGAGGCGAUCAUUGAUGCUCUAGGAGACGAGCGCGUCGUCGACGAAGAGAGCUUUCAGAAAGCCGUCCGUGCUCGCGAACGUAGAGCGAUUGAGGAUGAAGAGGGUUUAAGUGGACCAUUGUAUGACGGACACGGUAAUCGCGCCCCUGCGGCCAAACGCUGGGCACAAGAUGACGGCAAGGAAUACCCCAUCUCAACCGAAAGAGCUGAGGCAAUCUGCCGCUGGAUCAAGGAGGCACCACUGAGCAUGGGCGUGAAGAAGAAGCGUCCAGUCAAGAAGAAGAAGGUGCCUGCCACGAACGGCGCGAGUGCGGCCACAGAAGGACUGAAGAACAUGCAUGUCCAUGAAUCCUCGGAACAAGUUGACUGA